AAAAGCGGAAUAAAAGGCUCCCACAAAAACAAAAUAUGGACCCAAAUUCCGAGUGCUGUUAAUAGUGUGGGGGUUGAGAAGCGCACUCCAGCAGAGGUGAAAAAAAAGUGGUCCGAUUUAAAGAUCGCCACAAAGAGGCGCGCCUCGGCACUAAAAUGGAGCCAGAGUCAGACUGGGGGUGGCCCACCCGAUCCAAGUCUCCAGCUGACACCGAACGAGGAGCGGGUGGCAGCCCUCAUCGGAACGGUGCCUUUGAUGAUGGCACUGCAGGCCCCAGCACCCUCGAGGCAUCUCCCCCUCAGCCCAUCCAGGAGCCUGAGCCUAUCCUUGCGCCAGAGCCUGAGCAGGUGCAAGCGGGGGAAGCCGAGUCCCGUCCACCAGCCUCCCGUGCGCCACGGCCAAGGGUUCCUGACGGAUGAGGUCCUGGAAAGACAGACAGAAAUUUGUAGACUACUGGUCGA